GCUAAAUAGUCUGGGAUCCAGAUGGACAGAGAGCACAAAGGGAAUGGCCGGGCACUCAGAAGGCAAGUACUGCUUCUGUCUUUGUUGUCUUUCUGCAGCUGGGCAGCCUCAGAGCAGAUUCAGUAUUCCAUACCCGAAGAGAUGCCAAAGGGUUCUCUUGUGGGGAAUCUCGCCCAGGAUUUGGGUCUGAGUGCUAGAGAACUAGCGCAGCGCAAUCUACAUGCUGUGUCUGUGGAUGAUAUGCAAUAUUUCACUAUCAGUGCAGAGAAUGGAAAACUCUAUGUAAAUGACAGAAUAGACAGGGAAGGGAUUUGUGACACAACUACACUUUGCCUUGUUAAUUUUGAGGCAGUGGUUGAAAACCCUCUGAAUAUUUUUCAUGUAACUGUAGUGAUUGAAGACAUUAAUGAUAAUGCACCAUAUUUUGCAAAUGGAAACAUCAGGUUGGAAAUCAGUGAAUCCAGUGCCCUAGGUACAGGAUUUCUUCUUGGGAAAGCUGAAGAUCCUGACAUUGGUAUGAAUUCUCUCCAGAAAUAUCAGAUCAACCCCAACCAAUAUUUCACUGUAGAAGUUAGAGAGAGUAAUGAUGGGAAGAAAUUUGCAGAUUUAGUACUGCAGAAACCAUUGGAUCGUGAAAGGGAACAGUCUUUCCAAUUGACCCUUUUCGCCAUAGAUGGUGGAGAACCAAGAAAAACUGGUACCUCUCAGAUACAGAUUAAUGUCAGUGACACUAAUGACAAUUUUCCUGUCUUCUCUCAAGAACAUUACAAGGUAAAAUUGAGGGAAAAUUUACCUGUUGGUUCAUUUGUGCUCCAAACUGUGGCCUCUGAUGAUGAUGAAGGAACAAAUGCCCAAAUCACAUACCAUUUCAGCAAUGUACAAUUGAAUGGCCAGGAGAAAUUCAGUUUGGAUCCAGUCAAUGGCACAAUAAUUCUGAAAGGGCCAUUGGACUUUGAAGAAACCAAAGAAUAUACUGUGCGCGUAGCUGCAAAAGAUGGAGGAGGAUUAGUGACCCACUGCAAUAUUGAAAUAACAGUUCUUGAUGAAAAUGACAACUCCCCAGAGGUGUCCAUCGUUUCCCUGUUUAGCCCGGUCCCGGAAGAUUCCCUUUCUGGAACAUUAAUUGCCUUGAUCAAUGUAAAAGACAAAGAUACAGGGAACAAUGGAAAGGUUACAUGCAACUUACAAAAGCAUUUACCCUUCAAGAUUAUUCCCUCUUCUAAUAAUUACUAUAAGCUGCAGACAGACAGUCCUUUAGACCGAGAAAAACAUUCAGAAUACAACAUUACAAUCACAGCCACUGACCAAGGGACACCUCCACUCUCCACACAGAAAACCAUCUCACUACUUAUUUCUGAUAUCAACGACAAUUCCCCUUUCUUUGAGAAAACUUCCUACACUGUUUAUGUGCCAGAAAACAAUCCUUCCGGUGCUUCCAUUUUCACUGUCAAAGCCUUAGAUCCAGACAUGGACCAAAACUCACAAAUCACAUAUUCCAUCCUGUACAGCAACAUCAAGGAACUCCCCAUCUCUUCGUAUAUCUCCAUUAACUCUGAGACUGGAGCUCUGUAUGCCCAGAGGUCCUUUGACUAUGAACAGUUCCGCGAAUUCCAGCUUCAAGUAAAAGCCCAAGAUGGUGGUUCUCCCCCUCUCAGCAGCAAUGUCACCAUGAGGGUGUUCAUUCUGGAUCAGAAUGACAACAGUCCCAGGAUCCUGUCCCCUUCACAAGAAUCCAAGGGCUCAGCCUUGUUUGAGAUGGUACCACGUUCGGCUGAGGAAGGUUAUCUGGUAACAAAGGUGGUGGCCGUGGAUGCUGAUUCUGGACACAACGCCUGGCUUUCCUACCAUGUCAUUCAAGCCACUGAACCGAGAUUCUUCACUGUUGGUUCUCACACUGGUGAGAUCAGAACAUCAAGGGCCUUUAUGGAGAAAGAUGCUGCGAAACAGAAACUGGUCAUUUUGGUGAAGGAUAAUGGGCAGCCUUCUCUCUCGGCCACCAUGACGCUGAACCUGGUGUUUGCUGAGAACUUCCAGGAGGCCCUUCCAGAAAUGAAAAACCAGUCCAGCCUCCCUGACUAUCAGUCUGAUCUGCAGUUCUACCUGGUGCUGGCCUUGGCUUUGAUGUCAUUCUUGUUCCUCUUGACGGUCAUUCUGGCCAUUCUGAUGAAGCUUAGAAAAUCAGGGAAUCCCAAAUUCCUGCAGUGUUUUGCUCCUGUUCCUCAUUCAAAGGCUGGUGCCAUCUUCCCCCCAAACUUUGAAGAUGGGACUUUGCCUUAUUCCUAUCAGCUGUGUCUGUCCUCAGAAUCCAGGAAGAAUGAGUUCACUUUCCUGACCCCCAAUAUUCAGAUAGCAGACAAUAUUCUUUGCAACAACACUUCUGGGGUUCCUAUCCUUGGCAAUGGAGAAAACAGUUUAAAUUCUGAGAUGGAGAAUACUGACAAGAACCCCUCAGCUGAUCAAGAUAUGCCAGAAGAAGGAAAAGCAAACUUCUCAGCAAGAAGGAUGAACGGCAGACACAAAGAGAACAGUGGAUCAGUAAGGUUAUUGUUCCUCUUAUUAUUGUCUUUGUUCUGCAAGACUGCCUCAGAGCAGAUUCAGUAUUCGAUUCCUGAGGAAAUGGAGAAAGGGUCCAGUGUAGGGAAUCUAGCCAAAGAUUUAGGACUUAGUCCUGGAGAAAUAGCAAGCCGCAAUCUGCAUGUCCUUUCUCUAGAUAAAGAGCAAUAUUUCACUAUCAGUACAGAAAAUGGCAAACUGUAUGUAAAUGACAGGAUAGAUAGAGAGGGAAUCUGUGGGGAAACUAUAUUCUGCCUGAUUAAUUUUGAAGUAAUGGUUGAAAAUCCCAUGAAUAUUUUCCACGUAACAGUAGCAAUCCAGGAUAUUAAUGAUAACACACCACAUUUCUUAAACAAAGAUAUCAGGCUAGAACCAAGUGAAUUAACUUUGCCAGGAGCUCGAUUUGGUCUUGGGCAUGCUGAAGAUUCAGAUGUUGGAAUGAAUUCUGUCCAGAAUUACCAGCUCACAUCCAAUCAAUAUUUCACACUGGAAACUAGAGACAGUGAUGAUGGAAAUAAAUAUGCAGAAUUAGUACUGAGUAAACAGUUGGAUCGGGAAAGUGAAAGCAGUUUCUAUUUAACCCUUCUGGCUGUGGAUGGAGGGAAGCCUGCCAGAACAGGGACAGCCAAAAUAUGGAUUAAUGUCAUUGAUGCCAAUGACAACCCCCCUGUUUUUGCACGAGAAUUGUACAAGGUCAGCAUGAUGGAAAAUGCCCCCAAAGGAUCUUCAGUGGUACAAGUGAAAGCCACUGACAGAGAUGAAGGUUCCAAUGCCCAGUUAAUCUAUAGCUUUAGCAACAUUGCUGAAAGUGCUCGCAAAAUGUUUUUGCUAGAUCCACAAAAUGGAACAAUUAGGGUUAUUGAAACCCUGGACUUUGAGGGGAAAGAUAAAUACACCAUGAUGAUUGAAGCAAAGGAUGGGGGUGGGUUAGUGGCUCACUGCAAAGUUGAAAUAAAGAUAGUAGAUGAGAAUGACAAUGCCCCAGAAAUCGUUCUUGUCUCGUCAUCCAGUCCAAUACGUGAAGAUUCUGCAUCCGGGACUCUAGUAGCUCUCAUCAAUGUAAAAGACAGAGAUUCAGGAGAAAAUGGAAACAUAGUUUGUCAUUUACUAAGUAAUUUGCCAUUUCAAAUUGUCUCAACAUCCAAUAACUACUAUAAAUUGCUUACAGACGGUGCACUUGACAGGGAAAAUACUCCCGAGUAUAAUAUCACAAUCACAGCCACAGAUAAAGGCAAUCCUCCUCUUUCUACGCUCAAGACCAUUUCAGUACAGAUCUCUGAUAUCAACGAUAACCCUCCAGCCUUUGAAAAGCCAUCCUAUACUGCCUAUGUGCCAGAAAACAACCCCUCUGGAGCCUCCAUUUUCAGGGUCAAAGCCUCUGACCAGGAUCUGGAUCGCAAUGCCCGAAUCAUUUACUCUAUCCUCAAGAGCAACAUUGAGGACCUGCCUCUCUCCUCUUAUGUCUCCAUUAAUUCUGAGACAGGAAUUAUUUAUGCACAGCGCUCCUUUGACUAUGAGCAAUUUAGGGAGUUCCAACUUCAAGUGGAGGCCCGAGAUGGAGGUUCUCCUCCUCUCAGCAGCGUUGUCACAAUGAAAGUGUUUAUUGUGGACCAGAAUGACAACAGCCCUCAGAUCCUCUACCCUUCCAAAGGAGUGGAAGGCUCAGCCUUGUUUGAGAUGAUACCUCGUUCGGCUGAGGCAGAUUAUCUGGUGACCAAGGUGGUAGCAGUGGAUGCUGACUCUGGACACAAUGCCUGGCUCUCCUACCACCUGCUUCAGGCCACUGAGCCAGGGCUCUUCACAAUUGGACACCACACUGGUGAGAUCAGGACAUCCCGAACUUUUUUGGAAAGAGAUGCUGUGAAGCAGAGACUAAUUGUCUUGGUGAAGGAUAAUGGGCACCCAUCGCUAUCUGCUACUGUGACGCUGAACCUGGUGUUUGCUGAGAACUUCCAGGAGGCCCUUCCAGAAAUGAAAAACCAAUCAAACAGCCCUGACUAUCAGUCUGAUCUGCAGUUCUAUCUGGUGCUGGCCUUGGCUUUGAUCUCAUUCUUGUUCCUCUUGACAGUGAUUCUGGCUAUUCUGAUGAAGCUUCGACGUUCAGGGAAUCCCACAUUCCUUCAGUGCUUUGGUCCCGUUCCCCCUUCAAAGGCUGGUGCCAUCUUUCCUCCAAAUUUUGAAGAUGGGACUUUGCCUUAUUCCUACCAGUUGUGUCUGUCCUCAGAAUCCAGGAAAAAUGAGCUCACUUUCCUGACACCCAAUAUUCAGAUUGCAGAUCACGUUCUUUUUGGUGACAAAUCUGGUGAGCCUUUGACAGGCAAUGAAGGAAACAAUUUAGAUUCUGAGGUGGCUAAUAUGAAUAUGCAAGCACAACCUGUGAACACAGACUGGCGGUUCUCUCAAGCCCAGAGACCAGGCACCAGCGGAUCUCAGAAUGGGGAUGAAAACGGCACUUGGCCAAACAACCAGUUUGAUACGGAAAUGCUUCAAGCCAUGAUCCUGGCAUCAGCCAACGAAGCCGCUGCUGCUGCAGCUGCCAAUCCGGAUGGAAAUUCGACUCUGGGAGGAGGAGCCACUGCAGGCACAAUGGGGCUAAGCACCAGGUAUGGCCCCCAGUUCACCUUGCAGCACGUCCCCGACUACAGGCAAAACGUGUACAUCCCCGGCAGCACAGCCACGCUCUCCAACGCCGCGGGCAAACGCGACGGGAAACCGGCCGCCUCUGGAGGGGGAAACAAGAAGAAGUCGGGGAAGAAAGAGAAGAAGUAGGGGGCACGCACAGGAGGAGACCAGCGCCACCUUAGAUCUGAAGGGCAAAACCGUCCAUCACUCCCCCAAUUCAUAGUCUAGGAUGGAGGAUGAAUGUGAAUUUGUGGAUAAUUUUUUUAA